UGCGAGACGUCGAAUCCGCAACACGCGUUCACCGAACACCAUCACUACUCAGUGCUAUCUAGUACGGCCGACCGCGCGCCCGCCCAGUCAGUCCCGCGUUCCCUCGCAACUCCAAUGCAUACAUACCGCGCGCGAGUCAAAUUAAAGUGACCGAACAAAUGGGAUAAAAAGCCAAACUAUUUCAAACGGUGAUCUUAAGCAAAGACAUUACUGAUUUUCGUGUGAUACUAGUUGAUAAGUUAGUUACGUUAAUUAGAUUUAAGUAGUGUUUACUUUGUGAGUGUACAUGUGUUGCAAAAUGGAAGAGCACGGAGAGACCAAGGACCGGCUGCAAAGGGCGCCGUUCGAGACCGCCCUGCACCACGCCGGCUAUGGCCUGUUCCAAUGGCUGCUGCUCAUGUCGUGCGGCGCGGUGUAUGCUGUCUGCGCGAUCAGCACCACCACCCUCAGCUUCGUGCUGCCGGCCGCGGAGUCGGACUUCAACCUCACCUCCAGCGACAAAGGGCGGCUCACGGCUACGCCGCUUAUUGGCAUGUGCGUGGGCUCGUACUUCUGGGGCAACCUGGCGGACGGGCGCGGGCGCAAGAAGGCCAUCAUCGGCGCGCUGCUGCUCGACGCCACGGCUGCUUUCGUUUCCAGUGUGGUGCAGUCCUUCCCCGCCUUCCUGGCUUGCAGGUUCUUCUCAGGUUUCGGCAUCAUCGGCGCCACGGGGCUCAUCUUCCCUUACUUCGGGGACUUCCUCUCGCUGCGGCACCGUGACGUCAUGCUGUGCCGGCUGGAAGUAUUCUGGACAAUCGGCACUAUUUUGUUGCCAGGUAUUGCCUACGGCAUCAUCCGAGGUGAAACAUUCAAUCUGACGGCGGAAGACGCGUCUUUCACUUACAACUCCUGGAGAGUAUUCGUGGCUGCUUGCGGGAUUCCCUCCCUCUUGGUGGUGCUAUUGCUGAUGCCUUUCCCAGAGAGCCCGAGGUUCCUCCUCCACGUGAACAAGGGAGAAAAAGCGCUGCAAGUGCUGAAAAGGAUAUUCGUGGUUAACACGAAGUUGAGCGAGAAGGAUUUCCCUGUGGAGUCCAUGAUCAGCUCGGAAGACGGUGAAGAAGAGGAGAUAGUCUCAGGCGAUAGAGACAGGAACGGCAACGAGACCAAGACUCCCUUGACCUGGAACCAGCGCUGGGAGGCGUUCUGGGUCCGCAAGAAGAUGCUGGUGACGCCGCCUUAUAUCGGCCUCUUGGUGCUCUGCUGCUUCGUAGACUUUGGACUUAUGUUCAGUUACUACACACUGAUGAUGUGGUUCCCGGACCUAUUCGAGCGGUUCAGCCAGUUCACGUCACUAUACCCGGGCGUGUCGGCCGGCGUGUGCGAGGUCUCGCUGCGCGUCGCCAACGAGACCAGCCCCGCCACCAUCGUCGAGAACGUCAUCGCGACGGCAACAAGACAAGAGGUGAUGGACGACAACGUUUACAUCCACACGCUGGUGGUCGCGCUGAGCUGCCUGCCCACCGCGCUCACCGUCGGCAUCACCAUCAACUACGUCGGCAAGAAGCCCAUGCUAGUAUUUAUGUUAAUAAGCUCCGGGCUGGCGGCGCUGGGGCUGAACCUGGUGCGGUCGUCUCUGGAGAACCUGAUCUUGUCGUGCGUGUUUGAAGCCAUCGUGAGCUGCACGGAGGCGGUUCUCUUCUGCGUCAUAUGCGAGAUCUUCCCUACUAAAGUCGCCGCGACGGCCAUGGCGGUGACGGUGAUGUGCGGCCGCAUCGGCGCCAUCGUGGGCAACGUGGUGUUCGGCGCGCUCGUCGACCAGCACUGCGUCGUGCCCAUCUACAUGUUCGGCACCUUCCUCAUCACGAGCGGGCUGCUGUGUAUAAUACUCCCGAAGAGCACGCGGCCGGAGCGGCCGGUGCUGUGAUCGCGGAUCGUUUAUUUUUAUAUUAUUAAACUAAUUAUAUUGUAUUA